ACUUUUGUGGUUAUUUUCGGCGCGCGCUAAUGCCGAUUUGCACGCCGGCGUUGCCUCAAAUAAGCUAAAACGGAGCCAUUAUCUAGAUAGUAAAGUGACUUGACCAUCAAUGAGUGACUAAAGAACUACUUAGAUUUUAUAGAUAAGCCCACCAGACCCACAAAACCUAAUAAAGAUGAUAACCCUACUUGUACCGCUGGUGGCCUCGACCAUUCCCAUUUUGGCUAUUUUAUUUGUGACCGGCACAUUCCUGUACAAGGGAUUUAUUAGCAUACGCUCCCGUUACGACGCCCGGGUGAACUGCUGGUUCUGUAAUGGCAACUCACGAGUUCCCUAUGCAAAUCGCAAUAGUUGGACCUGUCCACAAUGCGAACAGUAUAAUGGAUUCACCAAAGACGGAGACUACAACCGGGACCUGACCUCGCAGCGGGACUGCAGCCAUAAUUCCCAGAAGAACAGCUCCCACGGCAGCUCCAGCAUCUGUGCAAAUUCAUACUACGCAGAUGUCCUGGCCCAGAAUCCUCCAGCCCCUAAAAACGGCUUGUGCGACGGCUGCAACGAGGCGCAGCGCCUUAAAGUAGAGAAGUUGUCCCAGUUCGAGCCCAAGAACGAGUCGCGAUUCGAACAGGAACUUAAGAUUUACAGAGAACGAUUGGAGAAGCAGUUUCGUUUGUGCAGCAGCUGCGAACGUCACGUGAAUAAGGUCCUGCAUGAGAAGAAGAAAAUGGUGCUGAGUUCCAAGUUCCUGAACUACAUCAUCAAGGGCGCAUCGCUGCUCAAGCAGCCGCACUUCAACCGCUUGGCCAGUGCCCAAAAGCAGCAAAAACUUCACCGAUACCGAGUGCUUAUGACGAUCGUGACCGUGAUCAACAUUCUGUGCCUGCUCUGCCGCCUGCCAAACGGAACAGCCACUCAGUUUACUACCUACCUCGGUGAAAUCCUGGGCUUGGCGUUGUUCUAUACCUACUCCCAUGUGCUGGCUUUUAUCCGAGUGGUGACUUCAGGCGUGGGUAUUUUUCUGGAACAGCGGGAAACCACUGCCAAAGUAUUGUUAUACGGUCGAACCUUUGGCAAGCUGUUGCUGUAUUCGGUGGGUUUGAGCCAACAGCAAGUUCAGCAGGCCACCUUCGCCUCUUGUUUUAUAUCAACCUACCCCUACGCCAUGUUGGCUCUAAGUUUCCUGCACAAGAUCAACGACGGACUCAAGUUCACGAGGUUCACCAUUGUUCUGCUGCUGUGGAGUGUAUAUGCCACCGGAAUCGAGCUCCUGGCUCCUCUUAUCGAUGGAAUAUCUUUCAUACUGCUGGGCAGUGUGUUUACGCUGCUUUUGCUGGCCACCAACCGGUCCAAUCUGCUAAGCCAAACGAACCAGGACGAGUCCGCCUGUGAAAGUUUUCAUCGCCUCUGUGCGGACGAAUGCGACGAGGAAACAUUGAGUAUGCUCAGCCAGCAGUUGAGUGGUUGCAGCAAUAGCAGCGCCGGAAAUUUGUCGCUAAGGUCCACCCCCGUUUGCCACUCGCCUGCGCCGACAAUAUCGCAGCGGACCUUCCAGCCGCCAUCCUCUCUUCUCUCCCUGGAUUCCCUGCAUCUAUCGAAGCAGCGCAUGGAACAACAGGCCUGGUCCUCCAACUACGGAGGAGCGUCUACAUUGAUCGCACCACCCGCCCAACCAGCAAUGAUGUUGCAGCAGAAGCCAAUGAGGCAAAUGGAGUCCCAAUGGUAUCGUCCUGGGUCAAACAACCUUGGCCAAAGUCAAGCUUUUACCAGAUCCUCACAGAAUCUGUUGAUGCCAUCACGGUUGCCCAUGCACCGGAAUGUCGGCGGCGAUGUUGGGGCCUGGGUGGCGGCCAAUCAAAGCAUGAACCAGGACCUGAGCACUGCCAGUCUGAUGCGGCACUACGAGGAGAAGCAGCAGCAACAAUUGUCGCGCACAUCGUCGCAAUCUUCCGGCUUUGAAUCGCAGCCUCGUCCGGAAACCCAAUGGGGAACGGCUGCUCCGACAACGAGGGACUACGGCUGGUCCGAGACCCGCGGAAGUCUGCGCAACCUGGCCGUUUUGCCGCCCCUUGCAUCGCCCACGCCCACAUUGGCGGCCAGCGAGUAUCAAUAUGCGAGAACAACUGUGCCGCACCAACAGCCAACCAUUCAGCCGGGGGAUUUACUCAGAAAGUGGAUCGAAGGCAGUUCCAAGGCCUCGCAACCAAUCCACUAAAAUGUGAUAGGUCAUAUAACAUCGGAGAGGAUUUUUAGAAAGCCGAGAGAUCACAAGGAGCAUAGGGAUCAUUACGAACGCAGAACAAAUCACUGCCAGUUAAGACGUAUUUAGAUUUGAGUUAACUUAAUCAUCAAGUAAUUUAUUGUUUUUGACUAUUAGUCAAUUUGACCGAGAGCUUGUUCUGCUUUUCAUUUUGCGCUAAGGGUCCCAAAAGGGCCACUACCUAUUUCCAUUAUUGGUUGUUUUUUUUAGCUUCUAUGACUAAAUGAAGGGGACUUGGUUUACAUUGCUAUAAAGUGCGAAUGCUAGCCGCUUUAACUGUCUUGAUUGCCAAUUGCUCUAAUACAAAGAGGGAUCUUCACUUCGAAGCAAAGUGGUACGACAAGCAAUGUUCUUGAAAUAAAAGCAAAGAUUUCAGGGUUCGUUGCAUUCGCACAACAGCAGAACUAAUGCAAGUCACUUUUUCUCCAGACCUUUGAUAAUAAACAAAGAUCAAAAUGGCAAAGGGAAUGGCCCAAAAAAGGACGCAUAGGUGACCCGUUAUUAUUUUAUCUUAAAGCAAUAAGGGUAGAUUGAUAAGACUUCAGUAGGCAAACCUUAGUUCAAUUGAGAAGCAUCAUUAACAGUUUUGUUAUUCCCAUUUGAACUCAGGAGCCUUUUCUCAAUCUUGGCGACUAUUAACAUAGUUUAGAUAAAUUGUUUAUUAUACAAAUUGAAUUAUUUUGAAAUAAAAGGAGAAUUAACAAAGCUGA